AUGUCAUCUGGUAACAAUUCCAACAUUGCCGCAAAGACAAGUCGCAAUGUGCUACCCGAAGGUAUUUACCCCUCUGAGUACUGGCUCCAUAUCGUUCCCAACUUCGAUGACUUUACCUUUAAGGGUAGCGUCAAGAUCCACGUGCACGCCACAGAGGAUGUGUCCACCAUCAAGCUCAACGCGGUGGACCUCACCUUUGUCAAGGUGACCUUUCAAAAAGUGCAACCAGAGGGUGGUGCAGAGCAACAGAUCCAGGUUGACAAUAUAUCUAUGGAUGAGCAGAAUGGGGUGGCGACCAUUCCCCUCGACGUGGCUGCGCUGCGUGCCGGCGAGGUCGCCUACCUUUCUAUUCAUUACACCGGCGAGAUCAGCGAUAAGCUGGUGGGAUUCUACCGCAGCAAGUACAAGGCCGCGGAUGGUCGUGACGUGUACCUGGGGACGACGCAGUUCGAGGCUGUUGACGCGCGACGCGCCUUCCCGUGCUGGGAUGAGCCCGCCCACAAGGCGGUGUUUCACAUCACCAUCACCGCGCCGUCGCACAUGGUGUGCCUCUCAAACAUGCACGAGCUCAGUCGUGAACCUGUUUCUGGUGAAGGGAUUCAGGUGCCCACCACAACGUACACCUUCGCGCCGACCCCUAAGAUGUCGACCUAUCUCGUCGCGUGGACAAUAGGCGAGUUGGAUUCGAUCCACACCACAGUGCGUCUGCCAAUGACACCCGAGCAGGAAACUAUCGUGUCAGUGUACAUGCCAAUGAGCAAGUCCGCACAAGCGCAGUUCGCGCUAGACGUUUCCGUGCGCGUGCUGCAUUUCUACGAAACCUUUUUCAACCAAGGCUACCUUUUGAAAAAGAUGGAUCUUGUCGCGAUUCCUGAUUUCGCGGCGGGGGCGAUGGAAAACUGGGGUCUCAUCACGUAUCGCGAGUCAGCCCUGCUCUGCGACGAGCAUUCCAGCUCAGAACAUCGGCAACGGGUAGCUAUCGUCGUUUGCCACGAAAUCGCCCACCAGUGGUUUGGUAACCUGGUUACGAUGGAGUGGUGGAAUGAGCUUUGGCUGAACGAGGCUUUUGCCACUUUCAUGCAGUAUAUGGCGGUUAACAAACUUUUCCCGGAGUGGAACAUAUUCACGCAGUUUGUUCAGACAGAUAGUAGCUCUGCGAUGAAGCUCGAUGCGAUGCAGAGUUCGCAUCCUGUCGAAGUGGAAGUGAACAACGCCCAGGAGAUUGAUGAUAUUUUUGACGUCAUCAGUUACUCCAAGGGUGGAAGUAUCGUACGGAUGAUUAUUGAUUACAUCGGUGAAGAUGCGUUUCAGCGUGGUAUUUCCUCCUAUAUUCGCCAUUUUAAGUAUGGCAACGCGCACACAGUAGAUCUGUGGAGGUUUCUUGGUGAGGGGGCCGGCAUGAACUUGGCUCCAAUCAUGGAAUUUUGGACUGGCAGGCAGGGGUUUCCCUACCUAAGCGUAAAGAAGCUUGAUGGCAACACGACUGCAGAUGGCUCCAUCAUGACCCUCGAAAUCGUCCAAAAUCGCUUUUGGACAACAGGAACAGCUGCGACGGAAGAGAACGACACCAUUUGGAAGGUUCCAUUGCUUAUUCGUACUCCCGACGAGCCUAAAGAAAAGCAAGUGCUCAUCGACCAGCGUUCCGCGCGAAUAACCGUUAAGACCUCCAGUUGGAUUAAGGCUAACAGCCGCCAAACAUGCUUCUGUCGUGUGCUAUACGAUGAGACACUCUUGGACGCUCUGAAGCCUGCACUACUGAAUAAAACAUUGCCAGGGAUUGAUCGUCUAGGCAUCGUGAUGGACUACCAUGCAUUCGCACGUGGUGGCUAUGUCCCAUCAGCCUUGGUAGUGGAACUUGUAAAGGGAUUCGCCGAGCAUGAGGAUGAGUACGCGGUGUGGUCAGCUAUCGCGGAGUUUGAGGGAAGUGUGCGCCAAAUUCUUUCCACUCGUGGUACGUUGGCUUUGGAAAAGCUUGAUAAAUACUGCCACUCCCUCUAUAUCCAUGCCAUGCAACGCGUGGGCUACACUCCACAAGAAGAUGAGGCGCAAAACAUUGCUCAGCUUCGCUCCUUGCUCUUCACACGGCUUGUCGUCGCUAAGGAGCCGAAAACUCUGGAAGUUGCACGCCAAAUUUACGUAAACUGCGAAAAGGUGCCCAUUCCAGCUGACCUUCACGGAGCCGUGUAUACAGUGCAUGUCAGAGAAGGCGGUUUGGCAGCACUAGACGAAGUCAAGGGCUUGAUUGCUAACUCAACGGACGCCGUGGAACGGGGUCGAUAUUUAGCGUGUCUCUCAGCCGACUGCCCUAAUUCCAUUUCUGUUUCGGAACUCUUCGACUACUGCUUUUCGGAUAAAGUCAAAGUCCAGGACUCAAUAUAUGUGCUUGCAGGUAUCAUGCGCAAGAGCUACUUGGUAAAUGACUAUGCUCGAGAAAUUAUGAAAAGGUGGGAUCUCAUAAUCAAGACGCUUCCAGGAAUGAUGGUAGGACGGUGCGUCAGUCUAGUGGGGGCUGGUGCAGAUCACAGCGUUGCAGCUGAGCUCAAAACAUUUUGGGAAACCCGUGUAAGUGAAAGAGAUCAACAGAUUCUGGGUCGUAGCUUCCAUAAAGGACUCGAAGCGUUGGUUGAUAACGCCAACUGGGCUGAUAAAGAAGCAGAUGCAAUUGUGCAAUCACUCUGA